AGCGUAGAAGCCUGGUGUUGAUUUGAAAGCUUUGGUAAGCUGCUGUUAUGCAAAACUGAACAAAAGGAAUAUUUAGCGGAUAUGCUGUGCACACGCUUUUCCCUAGGAGUUUCUGGAUCGUUUCGUUAAAAACUUUUGACCUCUCUCUAUUUGUUUUUGUUUUUUUACACGAGUGGAUUUUUCCAGCGCCAUGGCACAGGCUCCCCCCCACCCCCCUUCUUAAUCAAGGCUGUCUGAAACAGUGACUAUCUAAUUCGGGGCCACAAUGUUUUGUCGAAGGUAGCGGUUGGCCUGAAACGUGGUUUUCCCCCCUCCCCAAGGCCUUUUCCUGCCAUUCACUGUUUGUUGGUCUGGCUUGCGAAGAAGAGAGCCAUGAAGAUUUUCCAGCACAUUAGGAGCGAUCACUCGUUCGGUAGCACAACCUGGAAGUGGCACAUACAAGACCCAGCAAGCCAGCGGUUGACAUGGAACAAACCUCCCAAGAGUGUCCUUGUUAUCAAAAAAAUCCGCGACGCCAGCCUCCUGCAGCCCUUCAAAGAUCUCUGCACGUACCUCUCAGAGGUGAACAACAUGAUCGUUUACGUAGAGAAGAAGGUGCUAGAGGACCCGGCCAUCACAAACGACGACAGUUUUGGACCAGUGAAGAAAAAGUUUUGCACUUUCAGCGAAGAUUAUGAUGAUAUCUCCAAUCAGAUAGAUUUCAUCAUUUGCCUGGGAGGUGACGGGACCCUACUGUAUGCUUCUUCGCUCUUCCCGGGCAGUGUACCUCCGGUUAUGGCUUUCCACCUGGGAUCGCUUGGAUUUCUUACCCCCUUCAAUUUUGAGAACUUUCAGUCUCAAGUCACUCAGGUCAUAGAAGGCAACGCGGCACUUGUUCUCCGGAGCAGGCUCAAAGUGAAAGUGGUCAAGGAACACCGAGAGAAGAAGACGGCGAUCCAGAACGGGAUCGAAGAAAACGGAGUCAUGUCCCCGAGCCUAGAGAAGGAAAUGUUCAAGCAAGUCAUGCAAUAUCAGGUCCUGAACGAAGUCGUAGUCGAUCGGGGCCCUUCGUCAUAUCUUUCCAACGUGGACGUCUUUCUAGACGGGCAUCUUAUCACCACCGUGCAAGGAGAUGGAGUCAUUGUCUCCACCCCAACGGGCAGCACAGCAUACGCAGCCGCGGCGGGAGCCUCAAUGAUCCACCCGAACGUUCCAGCAAUCAUGAUCACCCCCAUCUGCCCACAUUCGCUCUCCUUCCGGCCCAUUGUGGUUCCAGCUGGAGUUGAACUAAAGAUCAUGCUGUCUCCUGAUGCCAGGAACAUGGCGUGGGUGUCAUUUGACGGGCGGAAGAGGCAGGAAAUCUGCCAUGGCGACAGCAUCAGCAUCACUACGUCUUGCUACCCCCUCCCUUCGAUCUGCUUCCAAGACCCCGUGAGCGACUGGUUCGAAAGCCUAGCAGAAUGUUUGCACUGGAACGUCCGGAAGAAGCAAAACAACUUUGCCGUCGAUGAAGAAGAGGAGUUUUAAGCCUCGGCACUAGUGGAGACUCACAGGGAAGCCACCGAGCGGUUGGCCCCCUUGCUGUACAAAGUGUAUUUCUAAGCCCGUAGCUACUUGGGAGUAGACCAAUAUAAUAUAUAUUUUAUAAGACAGCGAUGUACCUCAUAUCAGUCUGUUCUGCUGAUGACCAGAUAUAUCAUGUUUUCUGUCUGUCGGGAGGGAGUGCGGCAAGGUUAGAAGGCAGAGGGAGACACUUCCAGCCAGGCAGGUAGAGAGUUCCUUGUCUGUUUGUAAAUGUGCGAUGUGUGUUCUGGAUAACUUGUUUUCAAAGCGAGGACCUUGGAGGAAACCUCAUUAAAGACAAAAGAAAGUGGCUUGGGAUUGUCUGUGCAGAUCCACAAAUUUCUCCAUCAGCCACAAUUUUGCCGGGUCGGGAAGACGUACGAGGAGAAUGAAACGGCACUAAAAAGAAAAUAUUUUCUUCGGCUUGUCAAGCCUGUUAUUCUGUGCACUUUCGAGAGAACGUACCUAUAGCAAAAACGAGGAGGCUGGAUAACAAUGUGUUGUCUGCUUGACGUUGGUUUUCCUUCUUCAACUUAAGAACUGUAUUUUGACCGCUGCUUAGAAACAAGGGUUUUGUUUGUUUGUUUGUUUGUUUGAUUGGUGGUCACUGUAAUUCUCUUCCCAUUGUCAUCACUGUAAUUCCCUCCCUGUUGUCAACGCAGCCUAUAGUUCACACUAAGUUUGUUAUACCUCCUCUGUGAUGACUGAAACGAGCAGUUCCGUGAAUGUUUUUGGCUUCAUGGAGAGAACUGUCAAGGUGAACCUCGCAGGUUCCGCUCUGGAUGUCACGGCACCAUUAAAAGAUUGCGAAUUCUCAGGAACUUCUCCCAUUACAUUUGAAAGACACAAGGAUCCUUUUGGGAGUCUGGAGAGGCAGGCAGUAACUCAAAAAGUGAGCAUGGGAAAUGUCUCCCGCGCAAAUCCUGGGGAGAUGUGUGCAAGAGCAUUUAUGCACUCUCGUACGAGCACCUCUUGUUCCCAUGGGACUUGCGAGAUGGAAAAUGUUCCUGACGAAUUGUGCAAAAUGCCUGAAUCGGUCAUGGAAUGAACUCAACUUGUAGGGUGGAAGAAGGUGCCUGAGAAAUACUAGGAUUGAACUUUUGUUUAAAAAAAAUUCCAUGGGCACAUACUGCAAAUAUUCGCAGCUCCCUCUUCUGGCUGUAGCAAGUUUUAGAGGUACCACCAGGGACGAGAGGGGCAGGAAGUCGAUGUGGUCGGUCCUCAGAAGCCGCAGUCCCUGUCUGGCCUUUCAGAUUUGAGGCCUGUCCCAUGGGCUCCACCAAGAACUGUAGGGAAUGGGGUCUUCCUUGUAGAGACAGUUUGCCUUUUGACCUUCGCUCUGCCUCACUGUUAUCCUAGAACCAGCCUUAGGAGGCGUGCUCUGUGAUUUCAGGAAUUGCAUAAGCAAGCCUGCAGGUCUCAUCUUGGAGUUUUGUGUGUUCCACAGCUUCUCUCUGUGUGUGCGGAGAGUGUGUUUUAUCUUUAAAACACAAUGUGAGAAGCAAUCCCCAUGUGGACGUUUAGUGCCCCAGCUGGUGGGGGACUGGCCUCAGUUUACAGGUCUCCGUUAGCAGUACAGGCCUCCUUGGAUUUCUGCUGCCUUCUAAACCGUGGCGUACAUUGCUCGCUUGGGGCGAGACCCCACAAAAUGGCUCUCACCUCUCCCAACUAAAAGUUAAGCCGAUGCACUCUCUGCUUUGCUAGAAUGACGAGCAACAGAGCAUUCCGUCGGUACGCGAGCAUCCGACAAGAAGAGCAGGAGACAUUCCGAGCACGUUUGCUCUGGUGCCUUCAGCACACUUUUCAGUUUGUGGUUGUUGUUUUUUUUUUAAAAAAGACUGUCUUUGUACUUCGUUUUUAACGCUUCCGUCAUGGACGUACGUCUCUUUGAAACCGUGCGUGGCUUUGAUGAAGAUAAGUAAAAUGGGUAAGAGUUCAAGAAGUCGUGUUCUGCAGAUAAGUUUCCCUCCCCGGCUCCACAGCCGUGAUCGGCCGUUGCUCUAGCCGGGGACUGCGGGUAAAGGGGAAGGAGCUGGAAGAACGCUGAGAUGGUGGAGCAGACUUUCCUACUACGGCAGGAAGGAUGAUACCACUGCACAAUCCCUCCACACAUACACUUUUUUUAACUCCUGCAAAUAGCACAUCAGAGAGCAGGGCCGCCAUAAUGGAACAUAUGCCAGUGCAGGGCCCACAGCCACCAAGGAGAUUUGAGCGAUCCACUAGGAAGCAAGGAGGGAGGUCUCCCCAGAGUUGCCGAGGCCCCUAGGGAAAUCUCCCAUUUCGUGGUGGGAAAAGGGACACAGAGGGAGCCGACUGUCACUCUAGUGUUCCUUUUUAGCCUGUCGGGGUAUGAGCGGGGCUUGCUGUCAGAGGCAAGCUUUGUCCUCUCUGCCAGGUGACUUAUUUGCAUGCGGGUUUGGAGGGUCUAAUGGCGGGCUUCUAGCCCACCUGCCACCAACCCCGCCCAAUUCGGAGCCGGUCCUAUCAGUGAAAGAGGUUCGAGUCUGUGCUCCCUCUGCCAGUGGCCUUCACCUCUGAAGGGGAGUUCCCCCCCCCAUUUCAAAAACGUUUACCUGCUUCCCGCAUUCUGAAGUGGCGCAGUCUUACUGCCCCAGGACUCUUCUCCCACCGCCUGCUGUGUGCGUAGACCAGGCCGUCAAAAGUUUACAUUUAUGUUUGUCAUGCUUCCCCCCCUCCCUACACUGCCUGCCCCCUCCCCAAUCAAAAGAGUAGGACACAGUUGACUUCUGUGGAGUUCUUCAGAGGAACCGGUCAUUGUCAGCUAGACGGAGGGCCAGGGUGGAGAUUGAUUUGACGGGAAAGAAAAGGGAGGGGAGGAGACGGGCCACACGUGCUCGAGGCAGCCGAAGGUUCGCUGGAUCGUUUUUCGGUUCUCUGAAGGAGGAGACGACAGGGCAAUGUACUUUCACCUUCUUUUCCCCUGUUCAGAUUGUUCUGCGAAAGUUUCUCAUGGUUGUUUUACCCCUCUGGUGUUGUUGUCAGUUCUGAUUUUUUUGUCGUUGCAAAGAGCAACUCAAUGGUGAUGUCGACUGCACUAAAAGGCUUGUAAAUUAUCUUGUGAGCUAGAAUGAUGGUUUUGAGUUGUCUCUCUCUCUCUCUUUUGAGUUGCAAUGGGUCUGUACAAGGCAAACGUGGUGAGCCCCCACCCCCUGGGAGGAUGUUCAGUUAGCUGUUCAGAUCUCUGUUUUCACUUGAAUUUUAUGGUCUGAUUAUGUGCUGUCACUGUUCGAAGUAUGUGUGUGUGUUUUUUUCAAGUCACUUACGGGUUUCCUAGACAGCUGAGUGUUCUCUUUGGAAGAGCAGUCUUACUUCCUGAGCUGUAGAAAUGGAGCUUCGCUUGAUUACAAAGACUUCUUCCUUUUUUUUCUUAAAUGCAAUAAUUAAGAAAAGGAACAGGGUAAAAGCAUUUGAUUUUUUUUUUUAAUUGCCUGUAUGAAGUACGUUGAUGUGAACAGAAGGGGGUUAAGUAGGCGAGGCGGAAGGACGAAGAGAAGCGAAAUGAAGAUUUAGAAGAUCUGGGUGGGGUGGGGGGGGUCAGAAG